CAGGGCUGGAGGCCGGGCGGACUGACGUGCGAGCUCCAGUCACUUUGCCGUAUGGGGGUGUAUUUUGCUUUGGGCCACUCUAGCCGCCGCCAUUAGGCGAGCGGGGAUAGAUUACAGGGCGGCGGGAUCGCCUUCGCUCGUCCUUUUGACCCCCCCUCCCGUUUGGGUGGUAGCGUCCUUCGACUGACUACGUCCUUCGAGCCACCCCAGGAAGAAACCAUGUCCUGAGCCGAGGGAGGGGGGUGGGGAGAAAGCAAGGAGGCCGCAGCUAGCCGCAGCUUGCGGUGCGGCGCAGUGCAUGGGUGGGUGAGAUGUGGAUGAGGGGGAUAGGCGCCAGCUGCUGAGGAGACGGUUCGCGGGAUCCAGGAACAGCCUUGCAAGAUUACAACCCUGGGAUUUUUGGUAGUGAUUCAACUAAAGUGAAACCAGGUAAAAAGAUUCUGCUUAAACAAACACCAUUAUAGCAUGGGCUGGUUUGGCUUGCAAGAAUUGACGGAACAGUGGAUUCUGGAUUGUACCAGCAAAUUCUACAGAAGAAUGUCAAAGUAUCCAUCAGUGGACUAAAGUUUAAAUGAAAGAAAAGCUGUUUCAUAGUGCUGUUGGUCAUUUUUGGUAGUUCCUGCUGAAGUGGAUAAAAUCUGAGACAGCAUGGAGACGAAAUAGACUUCAUUCUAGUAAAAUUUCUUGCUGAAACAAUUCACUUCAAAGAGUGCAGGAUGACUGAUCGUGGAAUAAAAUGGGCUUGUGAGUAUUGUACAUAUGAAAACUGGCCAUCUGCGAUCAAGUGUACCAUGUGUCGUGCUCAGAGACCUAGUGGAACUAUUAUCACAGAAGAUCCAUUUAAAAGUACUUCAAGUGAUGUUGGUAGAGACUGGGAUCCUGCAGGUAUUGAAGGAGGCAGCAGUCCUUUGAUAUGUCCAGAUUCUAGUGCAAGACCAAGAGUUAAGUCAUCUUACAAUGUCGAAAGUGCAAAUAAGUGGUCAUGUCACAUGUGUACUUACUUGAACUGGCCUCGUGCAAUAAGGUGUACUCAGUGCUUGUCUCAGCGUAGGACCAGGAGCCCCACAGAAUCCCCCCAAUCUUCAGGAUCUGGUACAAGACAAGCUUCUUUUUCUGUGGAUCCUUGUGAGGAAUACAAUGAUAGAAAUAAAUUGAACAUAAGGACACAACACUGGACUUGUUCUGUUUGUACAUAUGAGAAUUGGGCUAAGGCCAGAAAAUGUGUUGUCUGUGAUCACCCACAGCCCAACAACAUUGAAGCAAUAGAACUAGCAGAAACAGAACAGGCUUCUUCCAUAAUAAAUGAGCAAGAAAGAACUCGUUGGAGAGGAAGCUGCAGUAGUGGAAAUAGCCAAAGAAGGUCACCUCCUACCGCUAAACGAGAAUCUGAAGUGAAAAUGGACUUUCAGAGAAUUGAAGUGGCUGGAGCUGUUGGCAGCAAAGAAGAACUUGAAGUUGAUUUCAAAAAACUGAAACAAAUAAAAAACAGAAUGAAGAAGACUGACUGGUUAUUUCUCAAUGCUUGUGUUGGGGUUGUAGAAGGUGAUCUAGCUGCUAUUGAAGCUUAUAAAUCAUCAGGAGGAGAUAUUGCACGGCAACUUACUGCAGAUGAAGUACGCUUGUUAAAUCGGCCUUCUGCUUUUGAUGUGGGAUACACACUAGUUCACCUUGCAAUACGUUUUCAGAGACAAGAUAUGUUAGCAGUUCUGCUUACAGAGGUGUCCCAGCAUGCAGCUAAGUGCAUUCCUGCUAUGGUGUGCCCGGAGCUCACUGAACAAAUCCGGCGUGAAAUUGCUGCAUCGCUUCAUCAACGGAAGGGAGAUUUUGCUUGCUAUUUCCUAACUGACCUUGUUACAUUUACGUUACCUGCUGAUAUUGAAGAUUUACCGCCAACAGUUCAAGAGAAGCUUUUCGAUGAAGUACUUGAUAGGGAUGUCCAAAAAGAAUUAGAAGAAGAAUCUCCCAUUAUAAACUGGUCACUGGAACUGGGUACACGUUUGGACAGUAGACUUUAUGCACUUUGGAAUCGGACUGCAGGAGAUUGCCUGCUUGAUUCAGUUCUACAAGCUACCUGGGGCAUUUAUGAUAAGGAUUCGGUGCUACGUAAAGCUCUUCAUGACAGUUUACAUGAUUGUUCUCAUUGGUUCUAUACCCGAUGGAAAGAAUGGGAGUCAUGGUAUUCUCAAAGCUUUGGUUUACAUUUCUCUCUGCGAGAAGAACAAUGGCAGGAAGACUGGGCAUUUAUACUUUCUCUUGCUAGUCAGCCUGGCGCAAGUUUGGAACAGACACACAUUUUUGUACUUGCACAUAUUCUUAGAAGACCAAUUAUAGUUUAUGGAGUUAAAUAUUAUAAGAGUUUCCGGGGAGAAACUUUAGGAUAUACUCGUUUUCAAGGUGUAUAUUUGCCUUUGUUAUGGGAACAGAGCUUUUGUUGGAAGAGCCCGAUUGCUCUGGGCUACACAAGGGGCCAUUUCUCUGCUUUGGUUGCCAUGGAGAACGAUGGCUAUGGCAAUCGAGGUGCUGGUGCUAACUUGAACACUGAUGAUGAUGUUACUAUUACUUUUUUACCGUUGGUUGACAGUGAAAGGAAGCUGCUGCACAUUCACUUCCUUUCUGCUCAAGAGAUUGGUAAUGAGGAACAGCAAGAGAAGCUGCUUAGGGAAUGGCUGGACUGUUGCGUGACAGAAGGUGGAGUCCUGGUUGCUAUGCAGAAAAGCUCUCGCCGGCGUAACCAUCCCCUGGUAACGCAGAUGGUAGAGAAAUGGCUGGACCGCUAUAGACAAAUCCGCCCCUGUACAUCCCUUUCAGAUGGAGAGGAAGAUGAAGACGAUGAUGAUGAAUGAAUGAAAAAAAAAAGAUACCAGCUGCAUAUAAUGUAUGGUGACAACCCCAGCUCUUGGAGCAGUCUAGGAAAUGGUUGCAUGGUGCCCCAAAUGUAGCAGGGAACAUCCUGUGUAGGAUUUUGAGUGGGCAUGGGAAGAAUUCAGAGACUCAUCUGAUGCAAGAAGAAGUAUGUUGAUUGGACUCAUUUGUAAACAAGAAAAAGAAAGCAAAGCCCUAAUUUUAUUACUAAGACAGAAAGCAUUUUUCUGGUUGUACAUCUGCCCUUAAUUAUACCACAUAUGGUUGUGUAAGAAGGUUGAGUAAUAGGAAAAAAGUGUAACCAGCAUCUUACAAUUAUUGAAGGAAAUUCUUUUAAAUAAGGGCACUUAAAAGCACAUUGUUGAUUAAUAUCUGUUCCUUUUGAGACUUACAGUAAAAUUUGAUUAUUUUGCAUCUCUUUUUAAGCAUUCUGACAUAUUUCCUUGAAAUAACAUUUUAUAUGAAAUCUUGCUAAUGCCCAGAUCAGAUCAUCAGAUCAUGUGGCUUUUUUUUUCCUUUCUUUUUUUUUUUGUUGAUGCCAUAUAACCAGAGUAACUCAUACGUGUUAAAAAUGUAUUGUUCUGUUAAAUUUAAUAUUGUGCCCAUUACAGUAUAAUAAAAUGAAAUUUUAAAGGGAAAACAUAUGGAAGGGAUGAUAAAUCUUGACUUAACUGAACUGUUUUCUGUAAAGACUUCUCUAGUAUCCAUUAAUACUUUGUAUCACAACUUUGGAAUAGUUUUUCCCCCCUUUCAGGCUACUUAAAAUAGUUUUUAAAAAAAAUGCUGUUCCAGGGAACUUUGUGCUAAACAAUUGUGUGGAGUUUGUAAAACUGAACUGCAUUUUGUCCAAACCCGGUCUUGCUGUGAGUUGUACUAUAGAAAUUAAUAUUUUAUCAAGCCUUUCCCCAUGCAAGUUAAAAUUGCUUCCACUGAGGAUCAUUCCUUGGUCAUUAAAAUUGAGUGAGAAAGCACUUUGACUGUUUUCCUUAAAAGCCUUCAUUCUAAAGUUUGUUGGGAAGUCCUGUGUACUAUUUUUCCUUCAAAUGUAACCUUCAGAAUUCUGUGCAUGUUGACUGAUUGUGGCCACAUCUGGACUUGUAAGCUUCCUGAACUUCAGUUCAGAAUAUAUUCUCCGGUAAAAAAAAAUCUUUUUAUUAUACUUGAUUACCUUAGCUAUGCUGUAUUGAAUGGAUCUAGCCCUACCCAAAAACUCACUGUAAGAACACUAAAGGUUGAAUAGUUUUGUAUGCAAAAUGUAGAUCCUGAUAAGCACUUUUUAAAGACCAAUGAUGGUGGAAAUGAUGACAUGGAACCUGUUAUAAGAUGGAAUCCCUGGUUUAAGAAUCUGAACAGAAACUGUACCUUUUUUAAAUGGAUGUAAAAACAUAGGAGCCAUUCUGAAUUGCUUUUUAAAAUGGUACAUUUCAAGCAAUUGAAAGUUAAACAAAAAUU